GGCAUCAUAAUCCUGCAACGGCAGGCGGUGAAGGUCCUCAUUGUUGUCCCAUCCCAAAGGUACUGCUUUGCCAUCAAUUCAUCAAGACGCUUCAACAGACAUCUCGAAAUGGCAUCAGAUGUGGCUAAUAUGAACUCCGGGUCAACGACCAAAAUUGACCUAUCCAAGAAAUUAUCCGAACUACGUAAUACCCGCCGCAAGUCCAACGCCCUCCCCUCUUCCUCUUCAUCCUCCAAAGAGCCCGCACCAGUGACCCCUCCUCUCCCUUCGCCGCCAGACCUAUCAUCUCAUGAGUAUUCCCGUCCUAUACGUCGAAUCCUCUCGCAUAAGGAUCAUGAAUUGUUUGUUUCCUCGCCGACAUAUUCUCUCGUUCUUGCGUUCAUAUUCGGAUUGUCGGAUUCGGUACGCGGACGUGCGGUUACUGAGUUCAGUGGCAAGCUGGCCUCCCCUUCCGUCUCGACUGUUUUAUCUGUCGUGGAACGCAUGAAAAUUUUGGUGGAACAACAUCCGGCGCUAGAUCAGGGUGGAUCGAGAUUCGGAAACCCUGCAUUCCGGAAUCUGUUCGAUGAUGUGACUGCGCAGAGUGCAUCGUGGCACAAGGACAUUCUGGGACUGCAGGAUGAUGCAGCGGUCGAUGAAAUCAAGACAUACUUGAUUCACUCCCUGGGAUCGCGGGACCGGUUGGAUUAUGGGUCUGGGCAUGAAUUGAACUUCAUGAUGUGGUUGCUGUGCCUUCGUCAGGUGGGACUCAUCGCACUGGCUGACUUCCCGGUCAUCGUGUUCCGGGUUUAUAUCGAUUAUAUGCACCUGAUGCGACAGGUUCAGAGCACUUAUUAUCUUGAGCCUGCAGGAUCGCACGGUGUUUGGGGUCUCGAUGACUACCAUUUUCUUCCUUUCCUAUUUGGGGCUGCACAGCUCGUGAGCCAUCCAUACAUCACGCCAUUGGGUAUCCAUAAUACGGCAGUUUUGGACGAGGAAGGAGACAAGUAUAUCUAUUUGGACCAAGUGCGGUGGGUAGACAGUGUGAAAACUGUGAAAGGACUACGGUGGCACAGCCCCAUGUUGGACGACAUCUCUGGCGCCCGAAACUGGUUCAAGGUAGAAAGCGGAAUGAAGAAAAUGCUUGUCAAAGAAGUUCUUGGAAAACUUCCCAUUAUGCAACACUUCUUAUUCGGCAGUCUUCUCCCUGCAGCUCCGGGCAUGGGAGAGGGAGCUGACGAGUUGGAGGAGGCUCAUGACCAUGGACCUGAGUGCGGAGAUGGUCAUGCCCAUCCCAACCACGCGCACGACAACUUUGGCGGUGAUUGCUGUGGUAUUAAGGUACCGAGUACCAUCGCAGCCGGAGCAGAGAUGCGAAGACGCAUGGGAGGAACAGGUUUACGCCCGAUUCCAUUCGAUUAAAUCUACAAUUCUAUGGUCCGUAUGAAUGAUACCUUAUGUUCAUAAUGCAUCUAACGUAGACAGGAAUUCAAAACAUGUUGCAAUUUAG